GAAUGGACGCUCAGCUGUUUAGAUUCACAUUAACACAUUAACUCACUAUAGCUCCAUUGAGCCUGUUUCAGCUUCACUGAGGAGGAGAAGCAUCGCUUUAUCACAAAUGUCAAGUUUCCAGAGAGAAAAUGACGCUGCCAAAUCUCUGUUCAAAAGGCUUGAGUCCGCAGUUACUCCCAUCGUGUCCGGGGAAUACAGCCACCACCACCACCACCACCACCUCCACCGGGACCGAGCGCCGAUGGCAUCCCGGGUCUCCUUCACUCAGCUCCGCCUGGAGACCGAGCUGGAGCGGUACCGGGCCGAGUGUCAGUGGGACAAGAUACCGGCUAUGAUCGAACACAUGCAGGCUGCACGGAUCCACGAGGACGAUGAUUAUGGAACGCUGCUGAUGGCCGAGGCGCAGCUGGAGGAGUGUCUAAUGGAAAACAUGGACCUGUUACGGAGCUCCACACCUUUGAUGGACAAGAGCCAGCCCAGACUGGGCCGAGCCAAAGGCCUCAUCAACACCAUCCUGAGCCGAGGCCGUCUAACACCCAGGUAUCUGAAUGAGGCUCUGUUGCUGAUGGCCAAGGUCCAUUAUGUGCAGGGACGGUACCGGGAUGCCCAGGGAAUGUGUGCCAGGGUGGGACUGGAGGAGCUGACGAAGGACGACCAGCCCAUCUACCACCUGCGCCUGCUGGCCGAGGCCUUCGUUAUUAAAGGUCUGUCCCUGGAUCACCAGACGCUUUCCUCAGUGUCUCGUGUUCGACUCUUAGAGCGGGAGGAGGAGAGUCUGUCCUGUUACCUUCGAGCCUGCGAUGCUGCUCUUUCUUACCUGCAGGAACUCGACAAGAUCGUCACAACACCACACUCCAAGACAACCAAAGUCAGCCUGCUCCCUCCGCCUGCAGACUUUGACCUGGGCUACUUCCUGCAGGCGGCCUUACAGAGCGCUUACCUUUGUCUGCUGCACAGAGGUCAUCUAGCGCAGGGUGCUCACCAGUUGCGGAGGGUACUCAGGGUGGUGGAGUCACGAGGGUCACAGAGUUUCAGGAAGUCUGCAGCCAGGAAACUAGCAGAGGUUCUGCUGAGCUCCGUGAGCGAGGACAGCUACUGGCCCCCGCUGGGCCCCCCACCUUCAGCCUGGCUCCACAGAGAGGGUGCCGCCGCCUCCAAAGACGCCAUCUACCCCACGGUUAAACCGCCGCAGCGUUACAGCACUGAUGGUUGCUUCUGUCCUCAGGACGUAGUGGAGGAGGCUGUGUUGCUACUGCUCAUCACAGAGUCAAUGGCUAGCGGUGAGGCGGUGAUCAGUCGUCAGCCAGAGCAGGCUGAGGCUCGCCAGGCCAGCCUGCAGGACGCCGCCUCUGUUUAUGACCUGCUCACCAUCGGCAUGGCCAGGAGGGGGCAGUACGCCAUGCUGUCUGAGUGUCUCGAACGAGCCAUGAAGUUCUCAUUCAACGAGUUCCACCUCUGGCACCAGCUGGGCCUGUCACUCAUGGCGGCCGGGAAGGGAGUCGGAGCUGUGUCUGUAUUUAAAGAAUGUGCCAGGAUGAGACCAGAUGACCCUUCGUUGCCCCUACUGGCUGCAAAAGUCUGCAUUGGUCAACUGCACUGGUUUGCAGAGGGUCAGACUUUGUCCCAGACUGUGGUGUCUAUGGGGGAGGAGGCGGGGGAGCUCCUGCCCAGGGCUUACCUGGCCAUGGGUCUCUGCUGCAGUCUGCAGGCCUCUGAUGCUACUUUAAAAGACGAUCGGAAUGAAUUUAACAAAAAAGCGCUAGAAGCUCUGAACAAAGCUCAUUCGUUAGACCCUCAGGAUGCACAGAUCGCUAUGUACCUGGCUCUACAGCUGGCCCUCGUCCGACAGGUGUCGGCAGCCAUGGAACCUCUGCAGACGGCUCUGUCUCUCCACGGGGAUGACUUACACUCCCUCCACCUGCUGAUCCUGCUGCUGAGCGCCCAGAAACACCACCGCCAUGCCCUGGACACCCUCGGCUUGGCCCUCAGCCAGCAUCCAGACAACUUCAACUUGCUGUUCACAAAGGUAAAGCUUGAAGAGGCCCUCUUCGGCUCGGCUGCAGCCCUGCAGACCUGUGAGGACAUGCUGCAACGCUGGCAAACCCGAUAUGAUAUCAGCCGCUCCAGUGAGACUGACGACAGCAGCAGUAUACCAAUGGCUGAGAGGUCAGAGGUCGGAUGCGGACCCAGGAAACCCUCUAUCCACCUCACCCUGCCUGACUUUCAAGACACCUCUACCGGAUCUCUGAGCCCUUCGUCAGUUGCAGCGUCUCGUCUUGAAGCGGCGCUAUCUGAGGUGUCGGACCUCAGCUCCUCCCGUCGCCAAGGACCCACAUACAUCUGGACCACGCUGGAACGCAUUUGGUUGCAGGCUGGUGAGCUGUUCAUGGCGGACGGCCGGCUAAAGGAGGCACAGUUCUGCAUAGCUGAAGCCAGCGCAAUCUUCCCCAAUUCACACUCGGUGCUGCUGCAGCGAGGCCGUCUGGCUGAGCUCCGAGGCCAACUGGACGAAGCCAAAGGCCUUUACGACGAAGCCCUGGCCAUCCACCCCACAGGAGAGCGCAUUCUGGUUCACAUGGGCCGUUUACUGGUGAAAACUGGGCGCGUCCACCUCGGAGAGAAGGUCCUACGAGAUGCCGUUCAGGUCCACAGCACGUCCCACGAGGCAUGGAGCGGUCUGGGCGAGGCGCUGCAGUCCCGAGGCUGCAGCCAAGCCCCGGACUGCUUCUUAACUGCACUGGAUCUGGAGGCGUCCAGCCCCGUCCGGCCCUUCACCGUCAUCCCCAGGGAGCUGUGAGGAGCCCCGAGGUUUGGGUUUGGGUGAAAGAAGAUGAGCUUUUACACGAUUACAUCCAGGCAAAAGCACCGGUGGAUGGAGAAAUAAAGUACUUUUUCAGUUACGGAGCCACAGCUUUAGGAAAGAUUAAGAGACCAACGGCAUUUUAGGACUGUUUUUGGAUCGUUUUUGUUUCUUGUAAAAACUACUGAUGUCAUUUUUUUCCCUAAUUCUACAUGAAAAUACUGUCAUUUAGAUCAUUUUUUUGUGGUAAAUGGGCGAAAUAACAAAAAAGGCAGUGCACUCAGACCUUGAAUAAUGUAAGGAAAACAAAUCCAUAUAAAUUUUUAACCAUCUCUACAUACAUGUUUUAACUUAGUAUGACUUUAGAAUAAACAUUUGUUAACCUGGGAACCUGACACAUCUGUCUGAGGGCUAAUGUUUCGUUUUUUGCUACAUCUGGCUUUUUUUUUUUACUUUAGACAGAUUUCAACCCAACCAAAACCACAACAGU